CGCUUCUCAACUACUGUAGACAGAUCUUUUACAAUCCAAGAGACAAAGAUGGCACCUCCAAUUUUAUACUCCACUGAUGCCAGUCCACCGUGCCGUGGAGUUUUGUUGGCAGCAGCAGUUGCAGGGAUCAAAAUCAAUGUUCAAGAGGUACAUCUUGCGGAUGGUGAGCAUCGCAAGGAAAAGUUUCUCAAGAUGAAUCCACAGCAUACCCUACCAACUUUGGAUGAUAACGGUUUUCACAUUUGGGACAGCCACGCAAUCGUCACGUAUCUGAUCGAAAAAUAUGCAAAGGAUGAUUCUUUGUACCCGAAGGAUCUUCAGAAACGUGCAGUGGUCGAUCAACGCCUUCAUUUCGACAACUCGAUUCUCUUUCCUGCUGUAAGGGAAAUUGCUGCUCCGAUUUUGUACAAAGGUGCUACUGAAAUACCCCAAGAUCGGAUUGACUUCGUCAAGCAAAAUUUCGAAUUCUUAGAAAUAUUUCUGAGAGACUCUGACUGGAUGGCUGGUAAUACAAUAACUUUGGCUGAUACCAGCAUCAUCGCAUCAGUGACGUCCUUGACGAUUUUCGUACCCUUGGACCCGUAUCCUAAAUUGGCUGCUUGGGUGAAACGAUGCGAGGACAAAAUUCCUGACUACGCAAAGUUAAAUGUCACAGGAGUUAAAAUUUUUCACAGUAUGUUUGGAAAAUUCUUUUCAAAAGCCUAGAUGCACACGAUGAUUACCAUUGUAAAAAUCUAAGUGACAUGUAAAAGAGCUACUGUCAAAUUAAUCACGAUGAUACAAUGAAACUGCAACUUUUCGUUACACACAUACCUAUGUAUCCAUUUUGCAACACGAUAUUUGACCUCUGUAUUAUACCUCUAAAGGCACAUCCGGUGCAAAACUCUAGCUCCU